AUGGCACUGGCUUCUCUACUAGUCAAGGCGCUUGGCCUUGGAGCCAUCGUAUUGGCUAUUCAGUACGUUGUUGCAUAUCUAAGUUCACCGCUGAAGAAAAUCCCUGGCCCGUUCCUGGCUAAAUUCUCAAACUUCUGGCGCUUCUACAACCAUUACGGUCGAACACACAUCGAGACACAGAAAGAGUUGCACAAGAAGUACGGUGACGUGGUUCGUCUCGGUCCGAGUACUGUCAGUGUUGCGGAUGCAGGUCUGCUCAAAACGAUCUACUCCACUCGAGGCACGUUCUUGAAAAGCAAUUACUACUCUGUCAAUGAUGCUCUUCAGAAUGGCCACCUCAUCCAAAAUUUGUUCAGCACACGCAGCAAUGAGUAUCAUGCAAAGGGUCUCAAACCAGUCCAGAAGCUUUACAACUUUCAAAGUGCCCUACAGCUGGAGCCGCUUAUGAACGAGGAUUUACGUGUCUUCGGCUCUGAGCUUGAACGCAGGUUCAUGAAUGGCGAGAACAAAGGCAAGACAUGUGACGUUGCUGACUGGAUCUCGUACUUUGCCUGGGACUUCCUCGGCGAUAUGACCUGGAGCAAGCGCAUGGGCUUCAUGGAACAAGGCAAAGACGUCGACGGUAUGUUGCAAACUGCUGAGAACGUCAUGGGGUACUUUUCUGUGGUUGGCCAAAUUCCUUCACUCGACAAGCUACUCGGCAAAAAUCCACACCUGACCAGAUUCUACAAGUUUGAUGAUUUCGCGGUCGCUGCUGGGUUCGCCGUGGAGCGCUUCAUGGAGCGCAUGCAAAACCUUGACGAGUUCAAAGACAAAAAAGACUUUGUCAACGGUUUCCUCGCCGCAAAGAAAGAGUACCCGGACCUUGUAAGUGACAACGAAGUCGUCGGGUACAUGAUCCUCAACAUCCUCGGCGGCGCAGACACCCUAGCCAUCUGCACUAAAGCCACUUUCUACUACCUUCUUAAAUUUCCCUCCGCCAAAGCCAAGUUAGUUGCCGAACUCCACUCUGCCAACCUCCCCAGCCCGGCACCCUACCAAGCCCUUGAGCAACUGCCUUACCUGCAUGCCUGCAUCAAGGAAGGUCUCCGUAUGCACCCUGUCGUCGGCCACAUCCUCGAGCGUGUGGUUCCCGCGACGGGCAUGACGCUCCCCGAUGGCACUGUUCUCCCGCCUGGUACCAUCGUGGGAACUAACCCGUGGGUCAUGCACACAGACAAGCGGAUAUUUGGCGACGAUGCCGAGUCCUACCGUCCUGAGCGAUGGCUACAGGGUGACAGGGAGAGCUCAGAAGCAUACUCAGCGCGCUUGAAGAUGAUGAAGGACGCAGACAUGUCGUUCGGCGGCGGUAAUCGUGUUUGCUUGGGACGUCCGCUUGCGUUGGUGGAGUUAUACAAGGUGGUUUCGUUUGUGUUUGGGAACUACAACAUUGAUCUUGAGGAUCCGAGUAAGGAGUGGGAUUUGCACAAGCAGUGGUUUGUUUGGCCGCAUGAUGUCAAGGUUAAGAUGAGCCCAUUUGAGAAGCCAUAA